ACUACAUUCCUCCCCCUACUCCGUGUAGUGAAAGUUACGAGACUGAGGAGAUGUCUUCUGAGGAAACACUAAGCAUUGGGGGGAACGAGGAACUAAAGAUGUUGGAGUACAGUGAUAUAAGCAUCGAGAGUGAAUCGUCUGGGUCUGAGCGGACAAAGGGAGGGGUAGGGAGAAAUGAGGUUGUUGAGGUUUGGGCAGAAAAGGUGCCUGUUAAUAUAUUGGAAGUGGGAGAUAGGAGUGAUAAGUGUUACGAUAGUGGGGCAGACAUUGUGUCUGAGGUAAAGGGGUAUGAGUCUAAGCUGCGGAGUAGGAAUAGCCUGAGUUAUCUCGUGGACAGCUACGAGAUAUCGUCUAGAGUGUUAAUCAGGCCUGCUGGAGUGAAAGAAAGAGCAUGCUCUGCACCCAAGGAUCACUGGAUGCCAGUGUAUGCCCAUUAUUUGGCAACAAGGCUUAGGUUUCCUGUGCCUGAUUUAUUAGUGUGGUUGUUAUUAGAGUAUAGUGUAGGUUUAACCCAAUUAUCUCCCAAUGCAAUAAGGGUGAUAAUUGGGUUUGUAGUUUACUGUCGGGCUAAGGGAGUUAGGGUGCCCACAAUAAACAUGUUUAAGCACUUUUUUGUGCUGAAGGCUGGAAGUAGAAAGGAGAAGGGGUGGUAUUACUUUACACCUCGGUCGUCCAACAAAGAGAAAAGGAACCUGUUUAGUGCAGGGCCUUCCUCCAUUAAGGGGUGGAAGGAAAAAUUCUUCUUUGUUGAUGACACCGAGUGGGAGAAAGGAGAUGGGGAAGAAAAAGUCCCAGACUUCGGAGAAGGCUGUGUUGCAAAAGGAGGUGGGCACAUGGAGAAAGGGCAGAUGUCAAGCACAGAACCCCGAGCUGCAGAGGAAGUGGAGCUGAGGUCCAAGAGGAAGAGGGAUGAGGUGGACCAAGCUCAAAAAAAGAAGAGGAGGAUGGAGGAGGAGGUCAGAAGGGAUGAGGUAGUAGAGUUUGUACCUCGUCCUGCACCUGUUGAGCUUGAUCCGGACCUCAAAGAGACCGAGAACUUUAUCAACGCUUACGUUCCUGAGGUGGAUCGCCGCGAAGCGAGGGAAAAAGUGUUGCUGCAUAGAGGGACCUCAAUUGUGAGGCAUACUCUAGAGAUUGCAACUUGGGUUAAUGCAUUAGCCCAAGAAUUCCUGGAGCUGGUGAAGGAGUGCAACAACCUGCAGAAGGAAAAGGAUGAGCUGUUGAAGAAGAAUGGUGAAAUGAAGAGGGAACUGGAUAUCGUGGUACCAACAGUGACAAGCCUACAAGAGGAGAGAGAUACACUGAAGACGAUUCUCUCAUUCAAGGAGAAGAAAAAGAGAAUGUGCGAAGAGGAGAAUGACGCACAAGAGGAGGAAAUAAGAAGAAUGGAGGAGCAUAUCAACAACUUUAUCAACUCCAGCACAUUUGACAACAUCGUCAAUCUUUACUUGCUGCCGACUACAAUCCUCGCCUUCACUGAUUGCAGAAAGAAGGUCAAGACUGAGUAUCCUGAGGUGGAUAUCACCAAAAUUACCUUCGGCAAGCAAGAGGAAGGGGUGGAGGAGAAUGGCGAAAGCCUAUCAACAGAUUUCCGACCUCAAGUUGAGCUUAGGUGGGAUCAUGAUGAACAAGGACGCGUUUUUUUUCCUCUCAACUUCAACUUCGAGUUCGUAGUAGUGGAGGAGGAGGAAGGAGAAGCAAAAGGGGCUAAAGUUGAAAAAAGUCAACCAUCUCCUCCCGUAAAGGUGCAUCCAAUUCCCUUAGAAGAAGAGCAGCCAUCUCUCCCAACAAAGCAGGAGCCACAGCAGCCACCUCCACCAGCAGAAUAGCUCAAGGAUUUUGGGAUUUGUAUUGUUUGAUUUAUGUAUUUCGAAUUUGGAUAACAAUUAAUGUACAAAUUUUUUUAUUAAUUUCAAGGAAAAUUUUUGAAUUAGUUUGUUCAUUUAUGUUGUGUUUUUUGAUUAAUCACUUCGAAUAUGAACCGGGAAGAAGUAAAAUUCAAAUAUGAGC